GCGACGCUGAUUGGCUGGUGCCCAAUGAGUGACGGGACAAAACCCAGCGACGUGGCCCGGCUGCCGCCGGCUUUCAGAUUGGCGGGUUCUGAGGGGGCCGCGAGGUCGGCCGGGAGGGCGGGCACGGCAGGAGUGAGGCGGUGUCAAAUGUCACUGCGAGCAGCACAGGACAUCCUGAGAGCUUUCGCUGCCGCUCCAUAGCCUCUGCACCGUGGAGGGGAGAUGAAGGCAAACACCAGAGGAAGUUCCAGUGCAGUGAAAUCCCACGGUCCCCAGGGAGCGGCAGGCACCCCAAGUCUGGGAUCAACAUCACCAAGACAGGGGGAGUCACUGUAAAUCCAGGUCAAGUGGACCUGUGAGGACAUCCAGACUGACAAUUUCUCUACACACAGUAGCCUCAACAGAGCCCAGGAGCAAAGCAGAAAACCUAUUCUCUCAGCAUAUUGAAGAUAUUACUCAACUCUCUUCUGGAUUUCAUUGAUGCCACUAAGAAGUCAGCUUUCAGUCUGAAGGUCAUGGUUUUAAAGGUGGAAGACAGCAAGAGCUCAAGUGCCACCGUUCCCUCCAACAUUGCCUCCAACAUUCCCUCGUGCAGGUCCCUGUCAUCCGCCGAGGACGGCCCCAGCGGCCAUUGCAGUCUCCCAGCUGGGGAGCUGGCCCGCAACUUACAGGACAGUGUUAGGCACCGCAUCCUCUACCUCUCCGAGCAGCUGAGAGUGGAGAAGGCCAGCCGGGAUGAGAACACCAUGGGCUACCUCAAGCUGGUGUCCAAAGCCGACCGGCACCAGGCCCCCCACAUCCGGCAGGCCUUCGAGAGGGUGAACCAGCGCGCCUCCGCCACCAUUGCUCAGAUCGAGCGAAGGCUCCGCCAUUGCUACCAGCAGCUGCAGCAGCUGCAGGAAGGCUGCAGGCCCGGGGGCUUCGCGCUGAAGGCAAAGAGCAGCCCGGAUGAGUGCAAGCGGCCCAGCGAGAAGACCCCGCCUUCUGAGCCUCCCAAGCCGGGCAGCGCAGACAGCCUGUCCACCAAGCUGUCUGGCGUCGUCAGACACGUGGCCCUGGAGAGUCACUUCCCGGCCUUGCGGCCAGGGAAGCCCUCCGAGCCAAAGGGUGUGGCCCAGCGGCGCAACUUGCUGUUGCAGAAGAUGAAGGAAGACCUAAAGGCAGCCAGGGAGCUCCACGUCAGCCUCCAGGUGUCCUAUCAGAGCCUGAAGGAGAAGCAUGGGACGGACCUGCGGGCGUCUCUAGUGUCCCUUCGGGAAGAGAAAUGCAGACAAGCGCUGCUGGAGGAACAGGCGGAUGAGCACCUGCAGGGACGCCUGGAUGAGAUCUACCGCCUCAGGCAGAGCCUGGCAAGCGCGGAGGAGAAAAUGGCCUAUCUGUCCUACAAGAGAGCCAAGGAGAUAUGGGAGGUCAUGGAGACUUUCAAGAACCGCAUAUCUAAGCUCGAAACGCUACAACGAGCCGCACAAGAGGAGAUGGUGGAGAACUUCAGGACCCGUCCCCAGAAGUUUGUGUCCCGAUGCACGAGCCUGCUCCUCACGCUGGCCGCCCUCUUCCUGGUCUUCAUCUCCACUGUGUGUGCCUGUCCCCUGCCACUGGUGACCUCCCGCCUGCGCACGUGCACCACACUCGUGCUCAUCAGUCUUGGGGCCCUGGCCUGGCAGAAGCGGCACGUCCUCCCUGCUGCAGACUGGCAGGCCUGGGUCCCCUCCAGAUGGAGACUGUCUUCCAAGGACUCCAGGCCUCUAUCAGAUGGGACUUAAAGCCUGGGUUUGCUAGCUCAUACCGCCUUCUGGGUAUCAAGGACGUCCAGCCAGCCCAACCCAGAUAGCCACUUCUCAGCUCCCCCUUUCUGAUUCCAUCACCACCAGCCCGCCUUGCCCUUCUCUUCCUCGUGACCCUUAGAUACCAUCUGCAGACACAAGUCUUGGAAGAUAUUAAAGUGUCUGAGGCUGAUCUGGGAACAGUGGAUCUGCAGUUCUGUCCCCCUCAUGCCCUCUUGUGACCCAGUGACCAGACCCUCAGAGGCU